UCUUUUCAGACCCUAUUCACCAUAGCCGCCAUAUCUAGCUGUAAAGCUAGCGGAAUAGGUCACCUUAUACCUGCUGUAAAAUCCAUACCUAUAGUACGAUAUGCACCGUUUUACAAUUUCCCUGGUCGUGUAAGAUCCAUACAUGCAGUUGCACCUGCUAUUCCAGCUAUCGCCCCAGCACCCUUAGUUCCUGCUCCAGCACUGCCUGCUCCUGUACUUCCUACUCCGUUGGCAGCACCUGUAUUUCCAGCGCCAGCGAUUGCGCCUGGUUUACCAGCCUUUGCCUCUGCUCCAGCAUUACCCGCCCCAGCCUUCGCGCCAGCUAUAGCUCCAGCUCCAUACUUCGCCCCUGCUCUACCUCGAUUUGCUCCAGUAGCAUCAGCACCCGCGCUGUUGCCAGCACCAGCACCCGCGCUGUUGCCAGCACCAAUAGCCCGUGUUGUUCCUACAUUUUCAGCAGUACCUUUCUCACCUAUAGUGAGACCAGUAGCACCUGUGGCACUACCUGCAGUACCAUCGCCAGUCUUCGCUCCUGCUAUUGCUCCAGCGCCCAUCGCCAUUCCUAAAGCUGUACCUUUAAUAUCGCCGUAUGCCAACCAUCUUCAUCUGUACAAUAAAUUCUUAGCUCCAGCUACAGUAGCACCAGCGCCUAUAGUUAAACAGUUAUUGUGGAAGUGA